AUGGACUCGAGAAUGAGUCUAUCACCCCUUCCUCAACAACCUCCCUUCUCGGUAUCGCCCUCAUCAAGCCCUCGAAAGAGAUCUAUUCACGAAAUUAGCACCGAGAACCAGGAGAAUCAGGAUCCCUCGCUCAUGGUCCCAUCCAAAGACAUCUCAAAACCGCAGGAGCAACCUAUUUCCCUACCACCUACACCAUCUGUCGAAAUUACUGUGAGAGCCGAAGAUCUGGUGAUGAUGUCUCGGUCGAAAGAAACGACCCCUAGCUGCGUACCUUCCGUGGAAGCCAAGCCCAUUCAGCAGCCGCUUUCAUUCUCACCCGCCAAAUCUGAUUCGGCUUCCACACCAGCUCCGAAGAAGCGCAAGCUGUCUCCUGCCAGUCAGGAUGCGAAACAACUAGAGAAAGAAGCUCGAGAACGGCAGAAGCAAGAUGAAAAGGCUAAAAAGGAGGAAGAGCGGCGUUUAAAGGCAGAAGAAAAGAAAAAGCGGGAUGAGGAGCGAGAAGAGGAGAAGAGGUUAAAGGAAGAGGAAAAGAAGAAGCGAGAGGCAGAGCGUGAAGAAAAGAAGAAAGCCAAAGAUGAGGAAAAAGCCGCCAAAGAGGCUGCGAAGGAAGAAGAGAAAAAGCGUAAGGAGGAAGAGAGGUUGAAGAAGGAGAGGGCACAACCCAAGUUGAACUCUUUCUUUGCGAAACCGCCCUUACCUUCCACAACUUCCAAAUCUACACCUGGCAACUCUACCUCUCCAAAGAAACCCGCGCCUGUUACCUCAGAACUUCAUCUCACACAUUCACCCAAACCAACCAAGUCAACCAAGUCCGACUACGAAACGACCUUCCCCGAAUUUUUCCUCCAGUCACACACCAAGCUUGCACCUUGUCAUCGCUUCGACCGCGAUCCCGAGGCGCUCAAACACGUCCGACAAAAAUUAGAUGCUUCCUUGGAUGCCAGCCAUACAAACCCCCCUCACGAACACUUACCUUUCCGCCCAUCACAGAUCUUCCAUAUUAUUCCGUUCCACCGACGCUGUGGUCGACCCAGGCCAUCUGUGAAAGAGAUUUUGUUAAGAAUCCAGAACGUCAGCGACGAUUCAUUAAUGGACCUUGACGAUAAAGACCAAACCAAGGCCGCGGAGGAUGCCCGCAACGUUCUCCGCCAAAUCCCUAUGAAGACACUAAGGUUCGGUGAGGACGUGCGCCCGCCGUAUCAAGGCACGUUCUCACGCUCCGUGCCUGCGCCAUCUGCGAAGAAGCUCGCACGAAACCCUUACUACCGAGGCUUACCGGACAUUAAUUAUGAUUAUGAUUCUGAGGCCGAGUGGGAAGAGCCUGAGGAAGGUGAAGAUCUGGACUCGGAGGAAGAUGAAGAAGGUAGUGACGAUGGCGACGAUGAUAUGGAUGGCUUCCUCGAUGACGAGGACGAUGCUCUGCUCGCCGGCAAACGACGUCUCAUCGUGGGUGACCUCGCACCCGUUUCCAGUGGUCUUCGCUGGGCUGCGGAUGGUGGGGAUCCCGAGAUGAAGGCAUAUCAAAUCGAGACCAUCUCCGAUGCCGUCGACUUCCCUAUCGAUCCGUUUUCCACGGCCUACUGGGAGAAGCCCAAGCCUGUGGAGCCAGCGCCCACUCAGCCACGCAUCGCGCCCGCUGGCAACAGCACUCUUGACGGUUUCCGAGUUUCUACUACGCCGGGGGCGCCCGCAGUCAGCAGUGCUCGACCACCUGCGACCAGCAAGGCUAAGCGACCCUUUCCGCCUGAACAGCUUGAUGAGUUCAGGCAGGCAGUCGAGGGUAGUGAUUUGAGUAAGAUCGGGACAAUCGAGAUUUUAAAGAAAAGGUUCCCGAAGGUAUCCAAGGAAACCCUCAAAGCUACCCUGGACCAGUACGCCGUGCGCGUAGGCCAGAAGGAAACGGAUAAGAAAUGGGUCUGGCGCUAG